CCCACCGCACCACACUCUUUUCUCACACAUUGUUUGUGUGCGUGUGUUUGCGCGCGCCUCCUCUCUCUCUCCGCCUCCUCAACCACCACCGCCGAACCACCUUCCUCCUCCUCCUCCUCCUCCUCCUUUCCUUAAACAGAGUAUAAACCCGAAUGCCGCGACGAUAAGGAGAAAUCUUUUAUAGCAGAUAGGGUGGAAGGUGGUAGAUUGCAUGAUCGACCCUCAACAACCUAUUUUUUCUCUCUUUAUUACCCUUUACCACCUUCCACAAUUUUUUUGGUAAUUCGCUUAAUUACAAAAAAAAUUUAAAAUUCACAACCCUACUGCCCUACAACCCUUAAUCCUUUGACUGAUAAACUAUGGUGAGCUUACGAAGGCGCAGGCUCUUGGGACUUUGUACUGGCACCGCAGAGAAUUCGUUUCUUGCUCCAUUCCCUACGUUACAAGACGAAAAUGCCUCUGAAAAUGCUACAUACAGCUCAAACUCUGGCAGUGUGUAUCCCAUUACUUUCAAUGAUAUGAAUUUACGCAUUGAGGAGAGGAGUGAUCCAUUGGAAGAAAUGGAGCCGGUAACAGCUAAUGAUUUCGGCUCUUCCAAAGAUCAGCAUAUUCAACCAAGUAUUAUAGGUUCAAAUUUGUCAAAAGAGCUGGAUACUCAACCUACUAUAGAGAUAGAAGUGAAACGACGAAAGCAGCACCGCAGAAGACGAAUACAUAGUGAAGAACAAUGUGCCAUGACAGGGGUUUACUUUAAGAAUAAGAAGUGGCAAGCAGCAAUAAAGGUUGAUAAGAUACAAAUUCAUCUAGGGACAGUUAGAUCACAAGAAGAAGCUGCCCAUUUAUAUGACAGAGCUGCAUUUAUGUGUGGGAGAGAGCCCAAUUUCGAGCUCACAGAAGGCGAGAAGCAACAACUUAGAAAGCUUACAUGGCCUGAAUUUUUGGCGAUGACACGCACUGCUAUAACUAACAAAAAAACUAGAAGAGGGCGGGUCACCGGAAAAGCAGCACCUUCAUUUCAAAACUCUGUUGAAGGUGAACAAGGAGCAGAGGGAUCCUCAGCCUCUGAUGAUGCAAAUCUAGACUCCUAAAUGUUUUUUUUGUAGAAUUCGUGGCUAAGCAUUUGUCGAAAAUUACUCUCGAUUUAGCAAGGCUGGGAGAUAUAGAACUUACCUCUGCUGCCAAGCAGAUAGUGAUGCAUAGAUUUAGUUUAGCGAUUCUAUACAGUGAUAGAUUUACAUCAGAUUUAUUAGCAUUUUUGUUGAUUCAAAUGUAUCUAGCUCACCUCACACAGUUAGUAGUUGUUCCAUAUAUUCAGAAUUGAUAUUCAAUUACAAUUUCAGGCUUUCAGCAGGUGUCGAA